AUGUGCCCACUAACUCGAGUUGUUGGGAAGCGUGGUGGGCCCAUAACCCACAGGUCUCUGGAUCGUAACCAGGCUCUGAUACCAUGUCAUGAACCAGUUGCUCCCAAUAACUCGAGUUGUUGGGAGAGGUUCAAUCGGGGAUCAUAUACCACAACACUAACAGCCAACGACCAAGGAAACCGGACAACCCCUUCCUGUGUCGCCUUCUCCCCUGCCUCCGCCGGCUCCGAACGUCUCAUCGGCGAAGCCGCCAAGAAUCAGGCCACCCUCAACCCCCGCCGCACCAUCUUCGACGUCAAGCGACUCAUCGGCAAAAAAUUCGACGACCCAGAAGUCCGAAACGACCUAAAAUACCUGCCCUACCCCGUCGUGGAGAGAGAUGGAAAGCCGUGCGUGGAACUGGAAGUUAACGGCGAGAUGAAAACUUUCACGCCGGAAGAAAUAAGCGCCAUGGUGCUGGGGAAAAUGAAGGAGACGGCUGAUUCGUACCUUGGGAAGCAAGUAACCAACGCCGUGGUCACUGUCCCGGCCUACUUCAAUGACUCCCAGAGGCAAGCCACGAAGGACGCCGGCACUAUCGCCGGCCUCAAUGUUGUACGAAUAAUCAACGAGCCUACAGCGGCCGCCCUUGCGUACGGUGCGAAGCUAGAUUCGAAGAGGAAGGUGAAUAUUCUUGUGUAUGAUUUAGGUGGCGGGACGUUCGACGUCAGUGUUUUGAAGAUAGACGACGGCGUGUUUCAGGUGCUUGCAACGGGAGGUGACACGCACCUUGGCGGUGGCGAUUUCGACCAGAGAGUGAUGGACUAUUUUGUGGACUUGAUCAAGAGAAAGUACAAUAAGAAUAUCAGUGAAGAUCGUAAGGCUCUUGGAAAGCUGCGAAGGGAAUGCGAGAGGGUGAAAAGGGUACUUAGCAGUCAAACACAAGCCAGGGUAGAGAUUGAUUCUUUAACAGAGGGGAUGGACCUUUUGGAGCCACUAACUAGGGCGAGAUUUGAAAAUUUGAAUCUGGAUCUCUUCGAGAGGACACUAGAGGUGGUGAAGUCGACGAUGGAGGAUGCAAAAGUCGAGAAGGGCCAGAUUGACGAGAUUGUAUUGGUUGGAGGAAGCACUAGAAUCCCUAAGAUUAGAGAGAUGCUGAAGAAGGAGUUUGAUGGGAAGGAGCCAAGCAAAGGGAUCAACCCUGAUGAGGCCGUGGCUUAUGGUGCUGCCGUCCAAGGAGCCAUGCUCAGUAGCGACCAAGAUGGGUUUAGUUUAUUUGACGUCACUCCAUUAAGUUUGGGGUCGAAGACUAUAGGUGGUGUGAUGUAUGUAGUCGUGCCUAGAAACACUGUCAUUCCUACAAAGAUGUCAGGAGUAUUUCACACUGUUCAUGACCAGCAAACUGUUCUGGACGUCGAGGUGUUUCAAGGGGAAAGACCCCUGACCAAAGAUUGUCUAGCACUAGGAAGUUUCAGACUAACUGGCAUUACAGCAGCUCCAAGAGGAGUAACAACUGUCGAGGAGACAUUCGAGGUUGAUGCGGAUGGGAUACUAAGUGUUACUGCCAAGGAGAUAGGAACCACCAAUUCUAAAUCCCUCACCAUUACCAGCUACAAAGGGAAUUUGAGCGAAGGGGAGGUUCAGAGGAUGGUAAGAGAGGCAAAUCAGCGCCUUGGGAAGCAAGUCACCAACGCCUUGGUGACUGUCCCGGCGUAUUUUAACGAUUCCCAGAGGCAAGCCACCAAGGACGCCGGCACAAUCGCCGGGCUCAAUGUUGUAAGGAUAAUCAACGAGCCGACGGCCGGCGCCCUGGCCUAUGGUGUGAAGAAAGACUCGAGGACCAAGAGGAAUAUUCUGGUGUAUGAUUUGGGUGGUGGGACGUUCGACGUCAGCGUUUUGAAGAUCGACAAUGGUGAGUUCAAGGUACUUGCGACCGGUGGCGACGCUCAUCUUGGCGGUGGAGACUUUGACCAAAGAGUGAUGGAGUAUUUCGUGAACUUGAUCAAGAAAAAGUACCGGAAGAAUAUCAGUCAAAACUGGAAGGCGUUGGGGAAGCUGCGGAAGGAAUGCGAAAGGGCAAAAAGGGUAUUGAGCAGUCAGACGCAAGUUCGAGUAGAGAUUGAUUCCUUAGUAGAGGGGAUGGACUUUACAGAGCCACUGACGAGGGCGAGAUUCGAGGACUUGAAUUCUGAUCUCUUUGAGAAGACGUUGGAGGUGGUGAUGACGACAUUGGUAGAUGCAAAGGUGAGGAAGGAACAGAUUGAUGAGAUUGUGUUGGUUGGUGGAAGCACGAGAAUUCCUAGGGUUAGAGAGAUGCUGAAGAAGGCUUUUGAUGGGAAGGAGCCGAGCAAAGGGAUCAAUGCUGACGAAGCCGUGGCGUACGGGGCUGCAGUCCAAGGUGCUAUGCUCAGUAGCGACCAAGAUGGUGUAAUUCUAUCUGAUGUCACUCCCUUGAGCUUGGGGGUCGCAGUCAGUGGUGUUCUGAUGUCUGUAGUAAUUCCCAGAAACACAGUCAUUCCUGCCGAAUUCACAAGUGACCAGUAUUUUACUGGUCAUGACCACCAAACUGUUGUCAAUAUCAUGGUUUAUCAAGGUGAACGAGCCCUGGUCAAGGAUUGCUUUUUCCUGGGAAAGUUUUGA